AUGUAUUUGAUCAGAACUGAAACUGAACGUUUUCACAAGGAACGGCACGAACUGCUAAUGCGCAGGUCGCUCGAACAGCAGUAUGAAGAAGAGGCAAGUAGACCUGCUUCUGAAGAAGCUGGCCUGCAAUUCUUUCCUGAUAUCACCAGGUGGGAUAUCAUCGAAAUCCAGGAAUGGGCCGGGUGCGUCGACCUGAAACCUGCCUCUGUGUGGUCUGUGGGCGCCAUCAACACGUUUUAUCAUCUUCUCGAGCGCAGGUCCAACGAGAAGCAAAAGUUCGGGCAUCUUCGAGGGUUUGCCCUAUUCACUAAUGCACCCAUCAAUGCGGUAAUCGAGAUUGCCAACAAGUCGUUUGGAUUCAACCAGUGGGAGAGCUCCUUGGUGGAGGACACAGGACGGGUAGUGCGAUACAGAAAGCACGAGUUCGACGACGAACGAGGCUAUCGGUACGACCUAGAGUAUGCUAUUGACACAUGUCUCAGAUUGGCAGAUGGGACGGUAGCACGAAAAACAGGGUUUGGAGUGGCGCAAUGGAUGCCGUCAAAGGGGCUGGCAUUUUCUUAUGCCAAGAAACAGGCUGCUACAGACGGGCUGAAGGCCUGCUUUUAUGCAAUGGUUGCUCUUUUGGAACAGUAUGAAGAGAAACUUAUCGAAGGUUAUUAUGAUUGA